GCAGAGACAGAAGGAGAAGCAGAGGAGGUCCCGGUACAGCCAUCGUCUUCCACAGAAUCACCGGCCGGCACACAUCCCACGUUAUUUAUACCAGGCAACAGUGGACACGCAGAUGUCCAUACACAGGGGCACAUGGUAGUGGUAGUAGACUCUACUGCCGAGCAGGUCCACUACCAGAGACUCUCAGUUUAAUGACUAAUGGUGAGAGGUAGCCUCAGCUUUGGACAGCCAGUCUGUCUGAGAGAAAGCUGACAAGAAGAAAAGACGAGAAGAGAUUUAUCCUCUGCUGGUGUUAGAGCUGAAAUCCUCCAUGGCAGACCAGGUGUUACUCUUGGUUGUUGGUCUGUGUGUGGGUCUCCUGUCACUGCUGCUGCUGGGUGUGGUGAUGUACUAUCUGUGGAGGAAGAAGAAAGGCCAGAGGCAGUACCAGGAGCUGCUCCCCACGGUGCCUUCAGUACCAGCAUGCUCUGCUCCGGUCAUUCUGGUCUCUCAGUGCCCCUGGGCCACGCCCAGUGAGAUCCCUUUCACCUUGCCUCCUCGCUUCGCAACACAAAAGCGCGGUGACCUGAAGACGGAGGAGACACAGGAGAUGGAGGAGAAAGAGGAGGUGGAGAUGAAGAUGGAGGCUCGGCGGGACAUACUAGCCCAUCGUGGGUCACUCUCAGUAAGGAGUUGGUACCCAGUGGGGACGGUGCUCGCCGGUCUCUACUCUGUUCCUCCCCUGAACGAGGUGGUGGCCCCUCCACCCGGCAUGGCCACCCGUCUCUGCUUCUCUGUGGAGUACCGACACAGCAGAGAGCAGCUCAUGGUCUCCUUGCUCCGUCUGGGCAACCUCCCUCCCCGUUUCCACAGUAAUGUCAUGCUGGUGGAGCUCCGGCUUCUCCCCAACGAGCGGCGGCCCCGCCAGGCCAAGGCCCGAGGCACAGGGCCUGACCCCGAGUUCAGCGACUGCUUCAUUUUCCAGGUGUCAAGAGUGUGUGUGCUUCAGAGCACCUUGAGUGUGUGUGUGCUGAGUGUGGAGCAAGAUGGCAAACGCCAUGCGGUGGGCAGGGUGCUGUUUCCUCUGGAGGGGGAGCUGGGUCAGGCCGGCAGGGUGCUCUGGAGAGACCUGGAGACUGAGGACGACACACAGUGUUCAGAGCUGGGCGAUGUGCAGAUUUCUCUCAGCUACAGUCCGACUCUGCAGCGCCUCUCUGUGGUGGUUUUGAAGGCUCGAGGUCUACAGCUGCUCACAGACACAGGUGUGUGUGUCCAGGUGAGCUUACAGAUACACACUCAGGUGGUGAAGAUCAAGCGCAGCUGUGUAGCAAAAGGUGAAACCAACCCACACUUCAACCACAGGGUGACCUUUAAACUCCGCUCGCAGCACUUGGACGAGGCCUGUCUGAGGUUUGAGGUGCAGCAGCCGAAUGACAUCCGCUCAGAGCCUCCGGCCCUGCUGGGAGUCCUGGUGUUAGGCCCCUUCAUGUACGCCAGAGGCCCACAGCUGCAGCACUGGAUGGACAUGGUCAACACACCACAGGAGCCGGUCAAACUGUGGCACAGACUGGCCCGAGCCACCUAACACCCACAUCACACACAUAUGAUGUAAUAAAUAAAGGAGGAUUUUACAACAGGAACAAAAAUUACAACCAUUCUCUCCCUCAACAAUUCUAAA